AUGGAGACGCCGCCGUCAAUUGAAAAUUCGACCGCAAACGACGCUGCUGAUAUCAUCACCACCCCUCGCAAUCCCAAUGACAGUUGGGAGGAUGCUUCUUCCUUAAACCCUGGGGAGAAAGAAUCCAAGUCUGAGAUUGUUGAAGAAGACGAGGACGAAGUGAGAAGCAUUCUACAAGUUAUUUCAUGGAUUGUUUUACCUUCCUUCACCCCUGAGGCACCAAAUGCGUUGCUUAAUGUUUUGAUGGCCUUUGAUUUAGAUUUUGAAAUUUUGGUUGGCUUAAAGAUAGAUGAAGCAAAAUUAACAUCGAUGACGGCUGAUCAUGGAACUACAUGCAGCAUAAUUGGUCUUCUGGAGAGUUUGAAGAAAAUUGCAAUGGUGAGAUAUGUGUUAGGGAACCUAUUUAGGUGCAAGGAGGUUAAAAAAGGAUCAAUUGGAUUGUGGAAGACAACUGAAGUUGCAAAUGAACAAGAUGAGCAUGAUUGGGACAAACUGAAGAGUCUGCUAUCCUUUAAGCUGAAGCAGGUUUUGUCGGAAUAUCCUGAGGCAAAAAUGACAACUGAGGAGCAGAAUGCUUCACUGAGGGGAACUUACCCAGAGCUGGUGAAAAGCUACAUGGUUCUUGGGACUAUGCAUCCUAGAAAUGGCUUUGGUUAUCCUUAA